GUGUGUGCGCGCGUGCGCGUGUGUGUGUGUGUGUGUGUGUAACGGAGAGUCAGUGCGAACAACCCUGACCGAAAGUCUGGCUCUAUUUGCAGCUUUAAAAAGAUUUUCAGCAUCUUUAAUCGAGGAGGAAAACAUUUUACAGAGUUAACAGGAGUGAAAGAAGAGGAAUAAAACACCGUCUCGGCAUUAUACCGAGUCUCAGGUAUCCCCACAAUGUUUGAAAAACAGCCGUACGAAAGCCCCCCCAUGUACAGCCCUCCGUCACACAGUUUCAGACCCCAGGGCAGUUUCCUCCCCCCUCAGAGCGAGUUCGACCCGUACCCCCCUCCUCCUGGGUCGUAUUAUAUCGGAGAGGAAGUGCCACAACAUUUCUACAAAUGGACCUCUCCUCCCGGAAUCAUCAAGAUCAUGGAAGGUGCCAUUGUGGUGUUGUGUCUCGGUAUCUUCGCCUGCGUCGCGUCGACGCUCGUCUGGGACAUGCAGUACGGUUACGGAUACGGAGGCUCGUAUGGCCUCGGUUCUGGGAGCAGUCUCGGCGGCUACGGAUCCGGGUACUACGGAUCCGGGUACUACGGAGGCGGGAAUUAUGGAGGCUACAACUACGUGAGCCCGUAUUCUGCCAAAUCCGCCAUGAUCGCCAUGGCUGCCAUCAACUUCAUUGUGUCGCUGGCCAUCUUCGUGGCUACCUUCUCCAAAACGAGGACCAUCCGGAGCAGGAAGUUCUACCUAAUCGUGCUGGUGUGCUCCGUCGUCCUGGCCGUGCUGCAGAGCAUCAUCAGUAUCGUGUACAUUGUAGGGGUGAACCCCAUGGCUCAGAGCUCCGCCAGCAUGCUCUACAACCCCAUGCUGAUGAUGUGUCAGAGCCUGUAUGGGAACAGUGUGACGGGAAUGGGCGGAGGAUUCCCUCUCUACAACCAGUACCUCUAUCACUACUGCUUCGUCGAUCCUCAGGAGGCCGUGGCGAUGGUGUGUGGCUUCUUGGUGGUGAUUGCGCUGGUCGUAGCUGCGUUCUUCUCCUAUAAAACGAGAAGUAAGAUCUGGCGCUACGGAAAACACAACGUGUACUGGGACGAGCCACUGACGGGCGGCGCCGAGGGCAGAGACGUGGAGGACUGGGUGAACAAUGUGGAUGAUGGACAGAGCCUCCACGAGCAGUCGGUGAUGUUUUCAGAGAAAGGAGCUCUGCCACUGAACAAGUCCCAGAGUGUGACCUCCAUCCCCUUUAAGAGUGACUCCUAUACACCUCCAGCGUACUCGGAGCGUGUGUUCAGUCGUGCUCAGGACCCGGAGAGCUCGAGUCCGUCUGAGAGAACAGAGAGGAAGCCUGCAGCACUGCGCGGGAAACGCCGCAGGAGGAACCCUGAGCUGGACGAGUCUCAGUACGAAACCGAGUACACUACAGGAGGAGAGACCGGGAAUGAACUAGACCCCAGUCACUGGACCAGUCUGUACCCAGAGAUCACGUCCAGCUCUCAGAGACAGGACUAUAAGAGGGAGUUCGAUUCGGAUCUGCGCACGUACAAACAGCUGUGUGCUGAAAUCGACGACAUCAACGACGAGCUGAACAAACUGAGCCGAGAACUCGACACGCUGAACGAGGGGACGAACAAAUACCAGGCCGUAGCAGAGGAAUUUAAUCGAUUGAAAGACCUGAAACGGAUGCCGGAUUAUCAGGAGAAAAAGCAGCGCUGCCGUCGCCUGCGUCACAAACUCUUCCACAUAAAACGCAUGGUGAAGGAUUACGACCGAGCUCAGUCCUAAAGCUCCACCUGACCUUUAACCCCAUUGGUGUGUGUGUGUGUGUGUGAGAGAAAGGUGUGGCUCAGAGUGAUAAGGCCAGUGUGAAACAUUCUGCUUUUUGUAAGUGAUACAGAGAAAUGUACUUUAUGCGAUAAUGUGUGUGUGUGUGUGUGUGUGUGUGUGUGUUGAUAAUCAACAGUAUAUCACAAUACUGCCACGGUGGCAUUGCUGUAACUCAGUUUGUAUGAUAUCAUAAUAAUUAUGAUAUCAUAACACAUAGACCACACUUACACCGCGGCGCUGCUGAGUUCUGCACUCUGAUUGGUCAGAAGGUGUUGAUUAGUUCUCUAGAACAGCGGCUCUGACAGUAGCACAGGUUUAUAUUAAUGCGCUCGUUCUGAUACGUUAUCGUUUCUAUAGCAACAGCUCAUUUGACGGGGACUUGUGUGUAAUCUUUGAUAGGAAGUUUUGUGUGAGGAGAAAUGUGUUUAUGUAGCGUGUAGGGAAGGAGUCUCCAGUGUCAGCGCUGUGUAACAGUCAGAGGUGAAGCUGUGACUUUACGUUUCCCACAUCUUCAUCCCAGAUUUACACUCCUCUACUGUUUCUCACUCACACGCCCAGCUGCAAUUUUUGUAUUUGUCUUAUUUACAUGACGAGAGAGAGAGAGAGGGAUGGUGAGGGAGCGAGUGUUUAUAGCUGCUAUAACGUAAAUGACAACAGGAACUGACUCGCUUCACAUUAAAUGUAACUAUAAACGGAUAGAAAGCGUGAUGUGUCCUUUAAAAAGUGUAAUUAUUGGUGAGUUGCUGGAAUAAAACACUCGGGGAUGCGCUGUUACAGGGAAAUAAUCAACAAACACUUACAACACACCAUGUACCCGCGCACACGCACACACACACACACACACACACACACACACGGUGUGAGAGAUGUUUGGAUUUGUUUGUAAGACAGUUCCUGGAUGUGGAAGUAAACGAUCCACUCCGUGAUGUAAUCCUGGUGUAAACCCGUGUCCUGAAGAUGAAGAUGAUGAUGAAGAUGAUGAUGAAGAUGAUGAUGAAGAUGAAGAUGAUGAUGAAGAUGAUGAUGAUGAUUAAAGUGUGUAGUAAAUAUUCAGGUUGGUUUUUGUUUUGUUUCCGGUGCUUAAUAAUGUUGAUAAACUUUUUCUUCGCGUUCUGAUCUCCUUAUUUUACUUUUAUUACACGUCGUGAAGUUUUAAUCGUUUGGCGAACGCUUUUUGGAAAGCGAAGCUCAGUCCUGUGAAGAGAAUUCGACUCGUCUGUUCAAACCUGAGACGCCCCUGAAGGAGUAAAAUAAUCACCUUUGAUCUGUUUAUAGAUCGGAUUUACUCCCACUGAUUUUCUAAUGACUUUGAUUUGAAAUGUAAGAAAAUCUGUUUUAUUUUACUUCAGUUUCGCUCCGAACAGAAACGGUGAUUUUGUUUGAUAUGAAGUCUUUUUUCAGAGCGUCGCUCUCCGUGAUCUUUAGUAGUAGUUGUGUAAAUGAAAGCAUGUAUAUAUUGAUUUAUUUUUCUUUAAGCAGACAGAAUUCUUUGCGUGUUUCACACUCCUGAAUAUUACAGUAAUGUCUGGCAUUUCACACUGAUUACUUUUUCUUUUCUUUAGUUUUUUUAAGGCAAGCUGCUGUUGUUGUUGUUUUCUGAACAAAUGUGCCACUCUGGUGUAUAUAAGUGCUUUUAAAGCUCAAUAUUGAUGAAAUCUGUUUGUUUUUAAUUCACUGUGAUAUGAAGAGAUCAGAUUACUCAUCACUGCCCUGUGUUUCUGAUUGUUAAUCACGACACUAGAUCAAACUUGCGUUUAUUUUCCUGUUAGGACUUCAGGAUUUAUUCCUGUGUAUUUUUAUUUUUGUACAAAAAUAAUAAUAAUGAUAAUAAUAAUAAUAAUAAUAAUAAUAAUAAUUCAUCAUAAACGGUAUCAGAGAGUUUGUCUUUUUUGUUUUGUUUUCUUCAUAAUGACGUUUAUGUUAAAGUGAUUUUCGCUUUUUGUAUCUUUCUGAAUAAACUGAGUUUGUAUUUAACAGUG